UCAAAGACUGAGCCAAGAGGGUACUCUAGAUCUCUCUGAUAUAUGGUAGCCUCUUUUUCACCUUUAUGAUGCUCUUUUUUCACUUCAAUGGCUAGGAAGCCAAGAAAACUCUUCCCUGCACUAUCUUCAACAGACCAAAAUGGAGACUGCGAAAUUUAUAACUGUGAACCUUUCCCAGAUUACUACUACUUCCCACCACUACCUCCUCCUCCUCCUCCAUCUCCCUCAGCUUCCCAUCACUCAAAAUCACUCCAACUCUCACCUUACCUCAUCAUCUCACUUUCCCUCUUAGCCGGCGUUCUUGUUCUUGUUAGUUACUACGUUUUCAUAGCAAGGUCCUGUCCCAGUUGGUGCAGCCGGAGAAAUAAUGGAGCGGCGGCACCCUCCCAAUCGGACGGCACAGAUCAUCAAGAGUUUCUCGACGAGACUACUGACCAGGCUGAUCACCCCAUCUGGUUCAUCACCACUGUUGGUCUGCAACAGUCAGUUAUAAGUUCGAUUACUGUUUGCAAGUACAAGAAGGAUGAAGGGUUGAUUGAAGGGACGGAAUGUUCUGUGUGUUUGAACGAGUUUCAAGAAGACGAGUCGCUUAGGCUCUUGCCUAAGUGCAAUCAUGCCUUUCAUCUUCCUUGCGUUGAUACUUGGUUGAGGUCUCACACCAACUGUCCCUUGUGCCGUGCCAAUAUUGUGAAUGAAUCUAUGACUCUAGACAUUGUUGGGCAUCCUCCGGCUUCUGCAGAUCAGAAUGUAAAUAAUUUGGAUAUAAACGAAGAGACCCAAAUGACGAACUCGGCGAAUGAUGUUGAAUUGCAUGAUUAUCAGGUAAGAAACCGUGAGAUGUCUGAGAACCGGGCUGGAUUGACAGCAGAAGAAGGUGAAAUACUACGUGUUAAUGGUGAAAGUAUACCAAAAGCGGGUGUGAAUUGCAGUGGAAAUCAUGCUUUGAGGGUAGUCGAUGAUGCAACGGAUAACUCUAAGGAUCUGGAAAAUGGCAUACAGGUGAGAAGGUAUGUUUCAAUGGAUUCUUGGCAAGCUGCAGCUAAUUUUUAUCGUGCUAAAUCUGAAGGGAGCUCGAUUAUCAAUCAAAUUGAGGUCGCUGAAAAGUCCCAUCUGCAUAUUAUACAGAAGAAAGUUGGUAAGCAGUACUCGAGCAUGCAUAGAUUGAUGGUUCACUCUUCAAUUAAGCAGUGUCUGCACAUAAGGCCUGUAUCCAUGAAAAGAUCUUUUUGCAGCAGUGGGAGGUUUUCGCCAUUGAAAUAUCACCGGCGCUUGAUGACAGUUCUAUCUUUGUAAAGUUUCUUUUCGCAUAUUUUUUUACUUAAUACAGCUCAAAGUUAGAAAUUUGAGAUACUGGGAUCGAUGUCCCAUAUGCUCUCAACAAGCUGGGGGAAGUACAAACGAAGCUACUAGGAAAAAGAGGCGAUCGAGUUCUUGCGAGAAGUAGUCUGCUAGCUUUACAACAAUAAACUGCGUUUAGGUGCUGCAGUUUCAAAUUCUGAAGAUGAGAGGAACAAGUCUUUCUGUAUCACAAAUGUGAAUGCAGAAUAGAACUGAUGCCUCAAAAGGCAAGAAGGGUAUCACUUAAUUCCGUUUCCGAGUACUACUUUGUAAUUGUUGCUGCCAUUGCGGUUGACUUCAUUCUGUUUCUGCAAAGGGGUUCACCCAUUGAUGAUUUUGGCUUUGGCUUCUUCCAUUCAACGAUAAAACGUUGUCACUUCAGUUUGCAAGUACAUACUUUGUCAUUGCUGCUAUCCAUCGGUUUCUUUACUAUAUUUCUGCAAAGGAGUAUUACAAUUGAUUUUGGCUUUUGGCUUCUUGAUAUAUUCAAUGAUAAAGGAUCUGUGAAAAUAUUCUUCA